AUGAACGUCAAAGUACGACCUCUUACCACAGCUGAGGCACGCCCAGUGGCAAGCCCAUCCGGGCAAGCCGUGCAUUCAGUCAGAAAUACAGCUGGUCCAGAAGUGAAGUCACGCUGGAAACGUUGGAGAUCUCAUAGCUGUCAUAGCUCUCCAGACUUCAGAGUGAUCAGAUUCGCAGUUGCUUCUCGCGUCACAGUCAUAAUCUUAUCCGUGUUGUCUGACUGGACUAUCCCAGAUCAUGAGCCCGACCCUUCUGUCGCGAGACUGCGGGUUUCCGGAUGGCUGUCGGCCUUCACGCGCUGGGAUGCAGCACGCUUUACAGCUAUUGGCAUGGAGGGCUACAUGCAUGAGGAGGAUUAUGCCUUCAUGCCGGUGUUGCCCAUGGCCAUCUCCAUCAGUGCAAGGGCCGCUGGCGCUGUCUUUCCUUUGAGCGGACCUGAGCACUUCGUCGUCAUGGGGUUGUUGAUUACAAACGGGUGCUUCGUGCUUGCUGCGUGGUUGCUCUACCGACUUGGCUUGGUGAUGCUGCAGGACCAACUACUGGCAUUUCGUUCCGCCAUCGUUUUCUGUCUUUCGCCUGCCAACGUCUUCUUCAGCAGUGUUUACACCGAGAGUCCCUUUGCAGCAUGUUGCUUCGGUGGGCUUCUCUUGCAGGAGCUCAACCGGCCUUUACAGGGUGCCAUCUUGUUUGGGAUCGGAACUGGCCUUAGAUCAAACGGCAUACUGAAUGCCGGUUUCCUUUUAUACCAAUGUUUGCACGUAACGCUCCAAGAUAUGCAGAAGGGGACCGGGCUACUUCAGACGCUGCUUGCAAACACGAGAAAGCAUGUCCUGCUGACGUUGGGAGUGGCAAUAAGCAUUGGCCCGUUUCUGGCCUUCCAAGUAUAUGCAAUCCAAAAGGAGUGCUAUGCCCAGGGUGUCCAGGGAGGCUGUGGUGAAACUGAUGAAGCUGGACAGUGUAGUCUUUCCGAACAAGCUGAGCAACCUCCAGCUUGGUGCCAGGCAUCCUUCCCCAGCGUCUACUUGCAUGUGCAGAAGAAAUAUUGGCAAGGAGGCAUGUUUUGCUACUGGCAGCUGAAGCAAGCGCCAAACUUUCUGUUGGCCGCACCUGCCUUGGCUCUGACGGCACUUGGUGUGCAUCAUAUCUUGCGUGACUUCUGCAAGCAGCUGAGAUUUUGGAAGCGAGAGGAGGAUCUCAGGCCACAAAGAACAGCUUUUUCUUCGCUUUGUCGAGCAAUGCGUCUCUGCCCACUGCUUCCUCAUGCUCUUCAUUGGGGUUUCCUGGCCGCGUAUUUGUUUCUAUGUGCCAAUGUACAGAUAGCUACCCGCGUGCUCGGAUCUGGGUGUCCCAUAUUUCACUGGUUUCUAGCCUCUUUGUUGUUUUCACGCAAUUCGUCCAAGACACCAUGGUUGCUGAAGUGCUACGUUGGCACGUUUAAUUGCCUCGGACUCAUCAUGCAUCCAAAUUUCUUGCCUUGGACAUGA